GCUGCUGGUGGCCAAACGGUUCAGUCGCUGCCAGCCGCAGCUGUUGGUGAGUUGUCUUUGGCCCUGGUUGUAUGUGUAUUAUUGUUGUUGUUGCUGGUGCUGGUGUUGGAGCUGCUGCUUCUGCUGCUGCCGUUGGAAAAGAAAAACGGAAAAGAGAAAAUGUGCUGGCAAUUGCACAAGAAUUAUUAACAGCAGCGCGUAAAAGAAAAAACGAAACAUUUCAAGGCGAUUAUUAUUAUUAGAAUUAGGUUUUGGAAAAGUCAACUAUAAUCACAACCACACAACAACAAGAACAAGAACAACAACAGCAGAAGCAGAAAUGCCGCCGCAUCGCUGGACAGAUGAGACGCGUGACGCCACCUGCUACUAUGACAAUGUGGCAACAGCAGCAGCUGGUGGCGCCUCCGAUGCGGAUGACGAUGACACCGAAGUGGAUGACGAGCGUCAAGCGCUCUGCGAAGCCGAUGCAGACGGCGACCGUCCGCUGAUACGAGCUGGCCAGACGGACCACAGCAGCAGCAGCAGCAGCAGCAGCAGCUGCGGCCUGCUGCAGUCGCGUCAUAUCUUCGGGCUAAUGGGCUUUCUGGGCUUCGCUGUUGUCUAUGCCAUGCGCGUAAAUCUCUCGGUGGCCAUUGUGGCCAUGGUCAACCAAACGGCCAUUCCGCACAGCAACAGCUCCGUGUUGGCCAACGAUACGUGCCCAAUGCCGCCGGCUCCGACGCCGAACGGCUCCUUCUGGCAGUCCCUGUCCACGCCCGCUGAGGGCGAGUUCGUGUGGGACGAGGCGACGCAGGGCCUGGUGCUGGGCAGCUUCUUCUACGGCUACGUGCUGACCCAGGUGCCCGGUGGCCGCAUGGCCGAGCUGGUUGGCGGCAAACGCAUCUACGGCUACGGCGUGCUCAUCACGGCGAUAUUCACGCUGCUGACUCCGCUGGCUGCCCACUGGAACCUGCCGCUGCUGGUACUGGUGCGCGUCCUGGAGGGCAUGGGCGAGGGCGUCACCUAUCCCGCCAUGCACGCGAUGCUCGCCCACUGGAUACCGCCACUGGAGCGCAACAAGUUCGCCGCCGUCGUCUACGCCGGCUCCAACAUUGGCACCGUCAUCUCCAUGCCGCUGACAGGCUGGCUCUGCUCGCAGAGGUUCCUGGGCGGCUGGCCGUCGGCGUUCUACAUCUUCGGACUGCUGGGCCUGGUGUGGUUCGUCUGCUGGAUGUACCUGGUGUACGACCGGCCCAGCGAGCAUCCGCGCAUCUCGCGCAAGGAGCGCGCCUACAUCGAACGCUCGCUGCAGCACGUACAGCAGCUGCAGCAGCACCACCACCACCACCAUCACCAGCAGGUGCCGGACGAGGAUGUCCUGGAGGAUGAGCACGAUGAGCCGGAGCCGGCUGCCAUUGAGGAGGAUGCCAUACCCUGGCGCUCGCUGCUCGGCAGCGUUCCACUGUGGGCCAUUCUGCUGACGCAGUGUGGCCAGAGCUGGGCCUUCUACACGCAGCUGACGGAGCUGCCCACCUACAUGAGCAACAUCCUCCACUUUGACAUCCAGUCGAAUGCCCUGCUCAAUGCCGUGCCGUAUCUGACCGCCUGGUUCGUGGGCAUCGCCUGCUCCGCCCUGGCGGACUGGAUGCUCGCCCGUCGCUACAUCUCCCUGCUGAACUCGUACAAGCUGUGGAACAGCAUCGCCUCGGUGGUGCCGUCGCUGGGUCUGAUUGGCAUCAUCUACGUGGGCUGCGACUGGGUCUGGGUCACCUUCAUGCUGGCCGGCGUUGGCUCGUUCGGCGGCGCCGUCUAUGCGGGCAAUCAGAUGAAUCACAUUGCGCUCAGUCCCCGCUAUGCGGGCACCAUGUACGGCAUCACCAACUCCGCGGCGAACAUUUGCGGAUUCCUCGCACCGUAUGUCAUCGGAUUGAUAAUCAACCAUCGGGAGACGCUCACCCAGUGGCACAUUGUCUUCUGGCUGGCAGCUGGCCUCAAUAUUGCCGGCAAUUUCAUUUACCUGAUCUUCGCCAGCGCCGAUGAGCAGAAAUGGUCCCUGACCCAGACCCAGACCCAGACACGGACACGAACACGGACUUCAGGAGCCACUCGACCUUUGCGCAUCUAGCGACGGCUCCGAGCGCCCAACAGCUGCACAAAGUCGAAUCGCUUUAAAUUAGUUAGGGCAUAAGCAUGUGUGAUAAUUCCGUGUGGAAUAAUUUCUUAAGUUCCCAGCCAGCGGAUGACGACGACGUCACAGUAUUCCCCCUCCCAGUCCUCAGACUCGCUACACUCUCCACUCGGUUUCUAACGAGCUCUCAGUUCUCCUCACUAAUUGGAAACUUUUUGCUCACUUCCCGGCUUCCAGCUCAAAGUUAUCCAAGCUCUUCCAGUCCCUUUCCAAUGGCUUACAAUUUCCGAAACACAUUUCUUAGAUGGUUUUCUGUUAUUUUCCAGUAGCUCAGAAUUAUCCACACUCCUUCAGUGAUUUCCAGUCAGUUUCCAAUAGCUAUGAUCACUUCCAGCUGCAAUAUUUGCUCUUCCACUACACUUCUAUUUUCCAAUAACGAAAACUUAUCGACUAUAAUCAAUUCCAGCCGUUAUUUUACCAUCUCCAAUGGCUUCCAGUAUCUGAAAGAUCUUUCAAUCUCAUCAAGUCACUUUCCAAUAAUUCCCAAUUUCCACUUUUUCGCUACUAUGCUCACUUACAGUAGUAUUUGUGGCACUUUAAAUGACUCUCAAUAACGCUUCCAAUGCCUUCCAGUAGCUUCAUGGGCUAUGUGCAAUUACAGCAGAACUUAUAGCGUUUAAAAGUUGAAACUCAACGCUAUCUAAGUUCUUUCAGUAACUUUCCAAAACAUGCUAACUAUAUACUUCCAUGGUCUUCUUUUUACUCAGUUUCCAGUGCUGAACAUGGUGCUUCCAGUAUCGAGGACUUUCAGUCCUUUCAUACGUUCCACUGGCUAUGACUUCCAGUCUAUUCGGUGGCAACUUCAAAAGUUGCUAUCCAUCUUAUUUAUGUAUAUCAAAUAUAGCUCCAAUUGAUCCCCAGCCGGGCUAACAAAAUGGCAAAAUCAACUAAGGUUUCGUCUACUCUAUAAAUUGUGGAGUGGGAACAGCAACCAGACAGACAGACAGACAGACAGACAGAUAUCGCUCUUAACAACGGACUGUGUUUUGCUAGAUGUUUUUCUUUUAUAUAUAUAUAACAGUACAUACCUAUACAUAUACAUAUAUACUAUAUAUACAACAUAGGCACUAGAGUUGACCUAUAACUAUAUAGCUUUAGCAACGAAAUUUUACGAACUAUACAUAUACCACAUAUACAGGAUGUAUUCCGAUAUAACUAUAUACAUAUACAUAUACAUAUAUAUAUUAUAUACAUUUAUGCCUUAAGACUAUAUAAAUUAUGUGUACAUAGCACCAAGAGAGGCAUUUUAAUGCCUCACAUCGAUAUAAAUUAUUCAAGAAUAAAGUCGCACAAACAUAUCGUCAA